AUGCAUGCCUCAGCCGCUGGUAAAGGCGACAACCCUCAGGCAGUCCGUGCUGCCAGCUCAACGCCUCCGCCGCAGUCAGCGCCGGCCAACACCACACGGUCCGUCUCCUGCAACAUUGACAUCGCGUCUCAAGAGACCCGCAACAUGCCCGAUCAGGGCGAUGUUGCGCUCACAGUACCUUCCUCGCCAUUGGGCGACUCUCUCUUCUCUCCGCCGACUUCCCCCCGGUGCCCAACCCGAGCAGCAACACCUGACGACUCCGCCGUGCCUUUCCUCAGCAUCACUGACAGCACACCUUCUCCCGAACUACCUUCCAUCUCGCCGCUGUCUCAGUCCACCACGACCACACCCUUCCCUCCAGCCUUCUCUUCCUCUCAGCCAGCCUUUCUGAGAUCGACAUCUCACCGCCGUCGCACUCCGGCCACCUCGAAGAAGAUUCCCAACACUGCGCGCGUCCGGACCACUACGGUCGGGGAACUGCCAGACAUGGACGACAGGAGGAAGCGCCGUCGCUCGUCCUCGACUACCCAGGCCAUCGGGUUACGAAACCCGCCCUUAUCAGUUUCGAUCCCCAAACGAUCCCGGCUCGAUCUUUCGAAGCUCAAGUUCACCAAACGCAGCGAUCCGCAAACCUUCCUCGAUCAGUCCCGCAGCUCUAGCCCAGAAGUUCCUCUCGCAGUAGGGCUUGCGCCUAGUUCCAGCGCCCCAUCUGACAGGGGCAGCAAGCUCCGUUCGGCUGCUCCACACAAGGCCGCCCGGGCUCCAUACCCCUCACCGGCUCUAACCACCACUCCCACCUCGGCCUUCUCUACGGCUGGGCCGGCCUAUUCACCAGACCUCUUCUGCGAUCACGACGGCUCACCCCUGAGGUUUCACUUGGAUGACGAUAGCCGCGCCGAGAUGGCGAUGAGUAUUCUGGACCAUGGCGGCGAGCUUGCUCCUGAGUGGGACUCGACGUUCGUCAUCCGCUCAACCAACGUCCUCUCGCGUUCGAAGUCAGCAGUCAAGGGCAAUGUCACCAGCUGCCCGCUGGCAGUAUCCGUCAAAUGGGUCAAGGAGAGCCUCAGGGCCGGCAAGCUCCUUCCCACCAGGUCGUACUCUCUUCGAUUCUGA